AUGAAGCUUCUCGAUCUUCCCGUGGACAUUAUCGACAAGAUCAUCAGCCAAAGUCUCCCUUCCGGUUUCGAAGCCUUUGCGCUCUGCUGCCACGCCAUAUACACGCGCGCAGCGCCCAAGAUCACACGUCACAAUUCACUUAAACGGCGAUGGAGGUGCACCACCAUCGCUGGCUCAAAAAACCGUAGCGACAUCCUUCGUAUACUAUGUGAGAUAGCUUGCGAUCCUCUUGUCGGGCGAUACAUCAAGUCCUUGAGUUUGCGUGGACGCGGAGGAGGCCCAAAUGUCGAUACCAAAAACGAUGAAUUCCGAUUGAAUGAAGGUAUUAUGGAGUCAAUUAAAAAUAUGGUCCUGAAAUCAGAAUGCUUUGGAAGCACUGAGGUUGAUAGGCAGCUCUGGUGGGAAGACAUUUUGAGAGAAGUCGACCUCGAUAACGAAGAUGGUGACAAUCGAGAUGGCCUAGGGGCAGUACAUACAACCGUAUCACUCCUAGGUCAGCUACCAAACUUGCAAACGUUACAGUUGCCGUCUGGAUGGUAUCGUCGUUGCCGAGCAUAUACGGUAAAAUCGGACGCGGAAAAGAGGGCGGUAACUGUGCUUGACGCCAUGGUCAAAGCUGCCAACGACAGUCAUGAUCAGGAUCAGGCACUUGGAAAGUUGAGAAUCAUUGUGCCGUCCACCGAGCAGGGAUAUGAGGAACGGGCGCCUUUUCAAGUCUUGGAAUGCUUCAUGCGGUUAAAGAGUUUGGAAGAGUUGUACAGUACAUCUUGUUUAGCUAUUGACGACGGCAACACUGGCAUACCUUUUCAGUGGCGCAUUCCGGAGACGAACUCAAACUUGCGAAGAAUCGAAUUGGCCUACUGUUGCAUGGACGAGGCAGGAAUCUCAGUCCUCCUGGCACACACGCCGCAUCUCAGCGUUUUCAGAUACAUGCAUGAGUGCAAAUGGCACGGUUGUGGACAUGACUGGAAUCCCGGUGCCUUUGUGGAGGCUAUAGCUAGGCAUUGCGGUCGGACUAUCACCGAGCUCACAAUUAAGAAACACGCGAAUUGGGGCACUAUUACCAACGGUGUGUCAUCUCUUCGAGCGUUUGCUCAAUUACGCAUGCUAGAGAUUGACCUGCCUUCCUUCUGUGGACCAUCCGUGGCAAGUGGCCAAAGGCUGGGUGAAGAUUGUGUUCGUCCAGAAGAGGGAGAAAAGCCAUGGACGAUCCAAGACAUUCCAUGCUUAGGAGACAUGUUACCGGAAAGUAUUGAGGGUGUGCAGAUCGACAACAACGGUUGGAUGAAUGAGCGUCCAGAGCCAGAGGAGCCUCUGGAGCCAUUACUUCGGGAUUUCCCUGAGCAGCGCGCAUUGAGACUACAAAACCUGGUUCAACUGACUUUGAGUGGCUUCUGCGACGGCAAAGUGCGAGCGUUGGCCAAAGGAGCGGGAGCGAAAACUAUUCUUUCUGAUAGGAAGGGAGCAUUUUCGAAUUGGCCCUGCUUCUCGACGGUGCAGAAGUACUCGGAUCUCUUUGAUGCAGCUGCUAAAGCAUCAAACGACGCAGAUACUAGACCUAAGCCUGUUGCAGUCAGGCGUGGACGUCGCACCACAUGGGUGUAUCCAGAUUCGUGA